GUUGUCUGCAUCUGACUAUUGUUUUAGUUAUAAGAAAUAGGUAUGAUUUACAGAAUCUAAGAAAAUGAUAUAUUUUAUGUAUGCUUAGUUGAGUGCAUGUUCUUCUCGUGAUUCAGGAAGGUCGAAUUUGUGGUCGCUAUUUUUCCAGGGGGCUUGUUCGGAGAUUUUCUGAGCUAUUGGAUGACAGACCCUUUUAAGAGAUGAAUACCAAAUAGUGUUCUUCUUGCAAGAGAUGAUAUAGCUAUUCUAGCAGCAAAGAAAGUAGACGAUUACAUUUGAUAGCACAUCGGGUUUCGGAUUAGUUUCUUCUAGAAGCGCAUCCGAGAGGACGGCCUGUUGAAGGCAGAGGGGGUAUUGCAGAAGGUAGCUACAAACAAACACGAAGUCAUCAUCCUUUUUUCGAUCAGAUGUGGAUCCCAGGACACAGGUGGUGGCUUUUGCUGGUGCCGCUAGCCGGGAGGGGUGCUUGCUCAGGAGUUACCUUGGAUGCUUCUGCGAAGGGGUCAACCGAAGGAAGAUGGAAGGAGCGCCCCGGUUUUUCCAGUCGUCAAAAGGAUGAUACGCGGAUGCAACGGAAGGCUAAGGGUAGUCGAUCGUUAUUUGGUUGUAUGGCCUAUUUUGACGUCGAGUGCAUUCCCCUCAGAAUUCAGAGGCAUGCCAAGAGGGAAAAGGUAAGUCACUCAACCACGGAUAACGAUCGGAUAUCUUCAAGAAGAUAUGGAGAGGCGAGACCGCGCUACCGAUACAACCGCCGUUGCCAACAACUCUGCUCCACCGUCCAAGAGCCCCUGCGCAUCUCCAGUCGACGGGAGAAUCUAGUGUUACAGCUACAUCAUCUACAGGGCCUGCUGCACCUCCAGAGGUG